GCGUCAAACUGCGAAUUAAUGAAGCAGGCGGCCGGGCUCGAUCGGCGAUUGGCGAAAAUCGGCACGGCAGCCAGCGCGCGUGGUAAUUAGCCGCGGUGGCUGGAGCAGCGCGGAAGGGUUGCGAGAGGACCAUUGUCGAGGUCACACCGAGAGAGCGAGAGAGACUCGAGACUCGGCGGGAGAGAGAGAGCGAGGUGGAGAACGCGGCGGCGAGGGCAAGAGCGACAACAUUGCGCAGUCGAGCCGCGCCACCGCCGGCCGGAGCCAGUCUAUUUUGCUCCGUGCGGCCAGCAUGAGGCCCGCUGAGUGAGCCCCGCUGUCCGACCGGACAGGACAGGACAGCCAGUGUCCCUCGGCCGAGUGCGUGCCAGUGAUGUAAUUGACGCAGCGGCCGCCUCCCAAUUGUUCUCCUCUUUUUCGCACGUCUGAGAGGUGUCGCAGAAUUUGUUGCUAGUGUGGCGAACACGGCCUCCGAAGUGGCAGGGCAUGUGCACCCCUGCAGCACCGCCCCUGCCGGCCCGCAACCCACCCCCCGAGACAUGGCGGCCAUCAACUUUUCGGCCUCCUUUGCGGCCUGCCUCAAACUACCUCGGCAGUUCAUGUACUGCUUUGCUCAAGAUGGCGGUGGUCCGUAUGUGCUGUACAAGGACGGCAUGGAACGGGCCGGGCAGUGGCCGUCGCUGCCUCCCCAGCAGCAGCAGCAGUCGGGCGGGCAGGCGGCGGUGCCGACGGCGCCGCAGCAGCAGUCGGCGCCGCAGGACGCGUACCUGAGUAGCAGCCCCGGCGAGGGAGGCGGCGGCGGGCAGCAGGCGUCCGCGCCGCAGUCUCCGUUCGCGGCGGAGGCGGUGCCGGAGGCGGACAAGGGCGGCGACAAGGGGGCGUCGCCGGCGCCGCCGACCUUCAACGGCGGCGGCUACAACUACCCUCGAGGGCCUCCGCAGGGCGGGGGCAUGGGUCCGGGGCCGCCGCCGCUGCUGGGCGGGGGCUUCGGGGCGCUGCACUACCUGAAGCAGCCCGAGCAGGAGUACCAGCAGCCGCCGCCGCCGCAGCCGCAGACGGGGGGCGGCGAGCUGGGCCAGCCGCCGCAGCUCGGGGGCCCGCUCAAGGGCGUCAAGAGCGAGCUGCGGCUGUUCAAGUGCCAGGUGUGCGGCAAGGACUUCAAGCAGAAGUCGACCCUGCUGCAGCACGAGCGCAUCCACACGGACGCGCGGCCGUACGGGUGUCCAGAGUGCGGCAAGCGCUUCCGGCAGCAGAGCCACCUGACGCAGCACCUGCGCAUCCACGCCAACGAGAAGCCCUACUCGUGCGGCUACUGCGAGAGGACGUUCCGGCAGCGCGCCAUCCUCAACCAGCACCUGCGCAUCCACUCGGGUGAGAAGCCAUUCGGGUGUGCCGAGUGCGGCAAGCACUUUCGCCAGAAGGCCAUCCUCAACCAGCACGUCCGCACACACCAAGAUGUGAGUCCGCACCUGGUGUUCAAGAACGGCAGCACGCCGACCCUGUGGCCGCAGGACGUGCCCUACCCGCCGGACAGCAAGGAGGACGAGCUGGCCGGCGACGAGCAGUACAGCGCCUACUUCAAGGACAGCAAGGGCGUGCAGCACUCGGUGUUCGGCGGCAACCUGGGCGCCCUGCAGUACCUGAAGCAGCAGCAACAGCAGCAGCAGCCGCCGCCGCAGGGCGCCACCGUCAAGCAGCAGCAGGAGGCGCACCACAACAACCGCGGCAUGCCGCUGUACGUGCGCUGUCCGAUCUGCCAAAAGGAGUUCAAGCAGAAGUCGACCCUGCUGCAGCACGGCUGCGUGCACAUCGAGUCGCGGCCGUACCCGUGCCCCGAGUGCGGCAAGCGCUUCCGGCAGCAGAGCCACCUGACGCAGCACCUGCGCAUCCACACAAACGAAAAGCCGUACGGCUGCGCCUACUGCGGCCGCAACUUCCGGCAGCGCACCAUCCUCAACCAGCACCUGCGCAUCCACACGGGCGAGAAGCCGUACAAGUGCGGCCAAUGCGGCAAGGACUUCCGGCAGAAGGCCAUCCUGGACCAGCACGCGCGCACCCACCAGGGCGAGCGGCCCUUCUGCUGCCCCAUGCCCAACUGCCGGCGCCGCUUCUCCACCGAGGCCGAGGUCAAGAAGCACAUCGACAACCACAUGAACCCGCAGAAGAGCCGCGCCAAGCUGCUGGCCGAGUGCAAGCCCACGGCGGCCGCGGCCGCCGCCCUCCUGCCCAUCGUCAAGCACGAGCUCUACUUCCCGCAGUGCUACGCGCCAUCCUUCAACCAGGGCCACCAGUUCGCCGCAGCCGCAGACUUCAAGCCGCUGCUCGGCAUGCAGCCGCAACAGCCGCUUGGCCCGCCCCAACAGCAGCAGCCGGGAAACAUUCCCGUCAGCCAGUGAGCUCCCUCCAAAGCCAAACGAGCCUGCCUCGCGGUUGCAAACGGCGGGAAAGACGAAUUUUUCCACCUUUUAGGGUCGGGAUGGGGAAAAAUCAAAGCUUUUCUGAACCUGUUGAGAAGUUUUUCUUUAGUAAAAACGGUGUUGGAUUAAAUCCAUUUUAUAGGAAAAACAAAGUUGCCAGAUUCUUGUGGCGUAAUGUUAUUUUAAAAAUCAUAAGUCACAGGUCCGAGGACAAAAUUAGCGUGGGGUCAAACAAAAUUUUACUGGGCAAUUGACCAGUUGUAUUACCCCUUAAUUUUUGAAGCAGCCAACAGAUGGCGCAACCAUAGACUUCCUUAAAAAUUUAGUUUCAAGGCACUUCCGCUGCGAUUUUAGACUCAAUCUAGCUACGGUGAAUUCUUCACUUAAUAUGCUUUCUUUCGACGUUCUGAAAACCAAAAUCGGUUCAACCAACCGUCGAAGAAUCGUGAAAAGCUAAUUUUUGAAAUAAAAUUUUUUCCAACGUUUCUACGGCGACUGGCUGAACUGAUUAUGGUUUUCAGCACAUCAAAAUAAACAAUUUUAAGUCAAGAACCCACAGUGGCAGGAUUGAGUCUGAAAUCACAGCGGAAGUGCCUUAAAACGAAAUUUUUAAGAAAGUCUAUGGUUGCGCCAUCUGUUGGCGGCUUCGAACACAAAGGGUUUAUACAACUUGUCUAUUUUGGAAAACUUUGAAAGCUCGGUAUUUCAUCUCCAAGUGAAGCAAUUUUAAAAAUUAAAUGUCCUUUGGAUUCUUCUCGCCCAGCCAGAUCGCACUAAGUCACCACUGUUAAUUUCAGUUUUAAAUUUAAAAUUCCACCCAUAUUAUUAACUUAAAAAAAAUCAAAAGAUUUUAAUUAAGUUUACUCCCUUUUUAAAACGCCACGUAAUUUACACUUAGAUUUACCUCAGUUUCAGAAAAAAAUUAUUCCUCAUCGUUUCUUACCUUCUCGAAAUCAAUUCCCAAGCCCCUAUUUUUAAGGGCAAAUCAGAGGCAAAAUUGGCCAAUCAAUUUUCGUCAAAUUCCACCUUUUUCGACCGUGACGGCGGCUCGUCGCUACAAAGAAACUUUCGUGUUUUGGUGAAAGAUCUGCGUUCUUUGGUCAAAAAGCUGCUUCUCGCAAUUAAGGAUAUUACACUAAUACACAAGCAAAAAUGCGCCCGCUUCGAGGGUAUGGACAUUACAAAAAGGCUUUUUUGAUUUUUGCAUUGCUUGGUGCGUCUUUUUCGUCACAUCUCAUACGUUGAUCGACUCAAGAGAAAAAAUUUAGAAAGAAAAUGAAAAAGAUUUUAAACGAGAUUUCAAGCAUCUCCUGCAGUUUACAUCCAUCCUUUCGUUUGUCACUGUGAUUAAAAAAUUUCCAAGCUGUUAUUGUACACAUGCAUUUUAAAGCUCAAAAUAAACUAUUUCAAAAUGCAGGGAAAAGCCAGUAAAAGUUUAAAAAAAUGCUCUAGGUUUUUACUCUGUCUCAAAAUUGCCGCGCUUUCGACGUUCCAACGUUUCGUUCGCGUUCAAACAAACUUCAGAUGCAUUUCCUCCUGCAGAAAAAUAAAAUAUACCUAUUUGUUGCUCUAACAAUUGACUUAAAAAAAUAAACACAUCACGGCACAUAGUAAAAGUGGAUCAUCGGGAUUGAUCUUAGACUGAAUUUCCAUUGUGAUACACAGUAAAAUCAAUUACAAAUCAAGAUGCAAGCAUUUUCUUUCAAAUUGGAUUAUACUAUUGAAAGAUUAGAGCGAUAGAGUUUAUUUUUAGAGCGAUGUAGCGAAAGACAAUGUCUAAGGUCACAAGCAAUCAACUCUGUUAAGAAAUUUAAACAAAAUGCUGAAGAACGACUGCUAUCAUGUCAAUGGCUAUUUUUGUGUUUUGCCAAGCAACAAUUGGCCACGUUUUGUCUUUCAUAAGCUGGUUCCAAAUUUUGUUUCUGUACGUUUUAAUUUAAAAAGAACGAUGUAUACGACUCUCAAUUCCUUUUCUUUCCGAUUCGUUCAUACUUUUUUUUGUGAUCGAGCGAGUGCAAAGAAAGUAAGAAAGCAUCCAAGACUGUGCAACGAGUUAAAAAAAUUGAAUUUGUGAGUGAGUGAGUGUGCUUACAAUCCAUCAAUCGUGUUUCAUUUUUUCAGACACAGCGUGUUUGUUCCUAGAGGAGAGACAAAAUGACGUUAAAAGUUCCUGCUACUCAAUCGUCUCGGUGUUGUAUUAAACUAAUUUAAUUUCCACAGCUAGUUAAACACUGUGUGCGGCCAUCUCAACAAAUUGAGCAUAAUUUUUAAAAAUCAGAUCGACUUACGAAUAAACUCAGAACUUUACUGAAAAUGAAA